AUUACUCACUGCUAUCGGAAAGGAAUCGUUCAGACAAUGAUGCCACCUCAACACGGAACUGACAAGACACCCACCAAGUGUCCGUUUUCGGAGAACAGAAAAACAAUCAGUCUUUCUAUAGGAGUAGGAACUGUACUCCCUGAGAAGAUGAGAGGAGACAACUGCAGCUGGUUAGGAGCAGAGAUCCCACUGUCAUGGGAGUUGUUCAGGGUGGUCAAGGAUGAGCUCUGGUUGUUUAUCAUUCCUGCCGGUUUUGCUGUGAUCAUUCUGGCCCUGUUCCUAGAAGAGGUGGGCUUCUUCCUGCGUCACGUGCCCUCCUCCAGACGCCGGUGCCUCUACCUGUGGAUACUGGGCAUGUACCCGGUCUUUGGAUUAACCUCCAUCAUUGCACUGUAUGUUCCUCGCUCCUCCUCACUUUGUAAUUUCAUAGCUUCUCUGUACCACUCAAUCACUCUGCUAAAGUUUAUGGGGCUCAUCACAGACUUCUUUGGGGGAAAGGCCCGCAUGCUGGAGAUCUUAGCUGGAGAGCAGGGUUCUCCAGAUCCAUUCCCAUGUUGCUGCUGCUGUUGCCUCCCUAUGAUAGCGAUCAACAGGACCAGCCUGGGGUGGAUGAUGGCUGCUGUGCUUCAACUGUCUGUGGUCAGAACCAUCCUGUUCUUUGUCACUCUGGUCCUCUGGACAGAUGAGCAGCAUGACUAUGAACAUGUGGAUUCUGUCAAUCCCAAUGUGUACGUGAAUGCCAUCAUAAGCGUGUCUACCUUCCUGUCUUUCUAUGGCCACUUGCUGUUUUACAAGGCCACCAAAAAGGCUCUGCCUGGCUAUGGGCUGAGGGCCAAGUUUGUCUGUAUCAUUGUAGUGUUGGUGCUGUGUGGCCUUCAGAAUGGAAUCCUGGAGACCAUGGGGGCCCUGGAGGUGGUGCCCUGCUCCCCUCCCUUCUCUGUUCUCAUGCGUUCCCAGUUAAUUUACCACUACUCUGUGAUUGUGGAGAUGUUCUGCAUAUGCCUCUUUGCCCGCCACACGUUCCGUAAGGUGGAGCCCAGUCCGGAGGAGACCUUUGGGUUGGAGGAGAGGCCCCACAGAGUUAUGCUACUGGAGAAGGCAGUUCAGACUGAGGACGUGGUGCCACUCAGGGAGAACCCCUGGCCUGGCUGGUGCGGCGCUGGUGUCUCCAAUCCCGACUAUAACAGUGACAGCAGUGAGGACAGCCUCUGUAAGAUCGAACACGACUCCCUGGAUCGCUUCCCUUUCCCUCUUCAACCCAGACGUCAAAAGAUGAUGCCAGAGAAGGUAACUGAUGAAAGUGCCACUUUGGAGCUGUCCAAACUGACUGUUACUGCUGACAUCAACUUUGCGGAGUCUAGGGAUGUUACUGUUGUAUGACACUAUGGAAUGGACUGUCCUGGAAUCUCCUAACAGGAGAGCAACAUGGGUCACCUCCAGGAAAUGGAAGAGAGACACCACACCGCUUGAGGUAGUACCUUGCCCAGUUUUUAUUUUUAUGUAUAUUGAGAUCAUGCAUUUAUUCAUUCCUCAGCUGAAUGAAGAUGGUAGCUAAUGGUGUGGUAGGAUAUUUUUGUUCUACUCAUAAUUUCUUGCCUACAUUUUAUAUUGAGCAUGCUCAGUACAUUUUGUUUUGCAAUGUUAUCUCAAAAAGCCAAUACAUUUUUUUAAAGCCUAUUACACAAUACUUUCAGAGGUAUUCAUCAGUCUCUCAUGCCUUCUCUCAAAACUUACAAUAAACCUUUGGAGUUUGAAAUGAAUUUGAUUACCUUAAUGGGUACAUUUCAUGUAAUAUUGAAUACAAAGUAAACACUAAUAGAAUCUGUUCCUUGGAGUAGAUGGUAUUUGCUCCAUGAGCUUCUCAAACCACACACACAGUAUGCCUCUGGCCUAGCCUUCCCUCUGAAGUACAUUGAUACCAAAGAUAAGUCUCAUAUUAUCAACUAAAACGUAAAAAAUAUUUUAAGUAGUUAACUCUGGCUCGGUGCUCGACUUGGGCCGGAGCGCUGUACCGGCACUACUAAUUUUUGGGGAAUUGCAUACCGGAUCUGCAUUGAAUAAAAAUAGAGUACUACAGUAUGAGUCAUAAUACCCAUAUCCACGGGAAGUAGGGGUGCUGAGGGUGCCCCCCCCCUCACUUUGAUAACAUUUGCAGAACCCCUAUCCCCCAAACUAAACUCAACAAAAAAAGAAAUGUCCCUUUUUCAGGACCCUGUCUUUCAAAGAUAAUUCAUAAAAAUCCAAAUAACUUCACAGAUCUUGAUUGUAAAGGGUUUAAACACUGUUUCCUAUGCUUGUUUAAUGAACCAUAAACAAUUAAUGAACAUCCAAUUUGUAAGUCGCUCUGGAUAAGAGCGUCUGCUAAAUGACUUAAAUGUAAAUGUAAAUGCACCUGUGGAACAGUUGUUAAUUAAGACACUAACAGUUUACAGACAGUAGGCAAUUAAGGUCACAAUUAUGAAAACUUAGGACACUAAAGAGGCCUUUCUACUGACUCUGAAAAACACCAAAAGAAAGUUGCCCAGGGUCCAUGCUCAUCUGCGUGAACCUGCCUUAGGCAUGCUGCAAGGAGGAAUGAGGACUGCAGAUGUGGCCAGGGCAAUAAAUUGCAAUGUCUGUACUGUGAGACGCCUAAGACAGCACUACAGGGAGACAGGACGGACAGCUGAUCAUCCUCGCAGUGGCAGACCACACGUAACAACACCUGCACAGGAUCGGUACAUCCGAACAUCACAUCUGUGGGACAGGUACAGGAUGGCAACAACAACUGCCCAAGUUACACCAGGAAUGCACAAUCCCUCCAUCAGUACUCAGACUGUCCGCAAUAGGCUGAUAGAAGCUGGACUGAUGUCUUGUAGGCCUGUUGUAAGGCAGGUCCUCACCAGACAUCACCGGCAACAACGUCGCCUAUGGGCACAAACCCACCGUCGCUGGACCAGACAGGACUGGCAAAAAGUGCUCUUUGCUGACGAGUCGCGGUUCUGUCUCACCAGGGGUGAUAGUCGGAUUUGCGUUUAUCGUCGAGGGAAUGAGCGCUACACCGAGGCCUGUACUCUGGAGCGGGAUCGAGGUGGAGGGUCCGUCAUGGUCUGGGGUGGUGUGUCACAGCAUCGUCGGACUGAGCUUUUCGUCAUUGCAGGCAAUCUCAACGCUGUGCAUUACAGGGAAGACAUCCUCCUCCCUCAUGUGGUACGCUUCCUGCAGGCUCAUCCUGACGUGACCCUCCAGCAUGACAAUGCCACCAGCCAUACUGCUCGUUCUAUGCAUGAUUUCCUGAAAGACAGGAAUGUCAGUGUUCUGCCAUGGCCAGCGAAGAGCCCGGAUCUCAAUCCCAUUGAGCAUGUCUGGGACCUGUUGGAUCGGAGGGUGAGGGCUAGGGCCAUUCCCCCCAGAAAUGUCCGGGAACUUGCAGGUGCCUUGGUGGAAGUGGGGUAACAUCUCACAGCAGGAACUGGCAAAUCUGGUGCAGUCCAUAAGGAGAUACACUGCAGUACUUAAUGCAGUUGGUGGCCACACCAGAUACGGACUUACUUCUGAUUUUGAUCCCCCCUUUGUUCAGGGACACAUUAUUCCAUUUCUGUUAGUCACAUGUCUGUGGAACUUGUUCAGUUUGUCUCAGUUGUUGACUCUUGUUAUGUUCAUACAAAUAUUUACACGUUUGCUGAAAAUAAACGUAGUUGACAGCGAGGACGUUUCUUUUUUUGUUGAGUUUAGUUCUCGCGGCUAUGAUAAUACCCAUAAAACCUAGCGGUCAAACAGGGAAAUGGUUCCAAUCAAUUUUCCACCAUUUGUUUUAUGGGACACCUCCACUCUGGGGCACUAUGGGGAGUGGGCAUUCAUUUUCUGAUUCGGCAUUGUUCAAGUUUAUUUGCUGCGAGGCUGUGAAUCUGUGCAUGACAGUAGGCUGUUCGAGAUUGUGCAUAUUGAAAAGGCGCCAACCUGAAUGGGCAUGAUGUGCUGUUCCAAGUUGUCAAAUUAGGGUUUGUAAGGUUAUGAAAAGUAAUGGAAAUUAGUGUCAUACUCUUGUUAAUGUAAUUCAUUUAGACACAUUUAAAUAUGAUCAAUCACUUAAAAAUCUACAUAUCAACCGUUAUCGGAAUGACUCUUCAGUGCGUAUCUGUGUGUGCCAGUGCAAGUGGGCCGUUGCCUAAGAGGAGAGUUCAACAUUUCAGCUGCAGGUGUAAAAUAAUGACAGUAUCUAGAUAGCCAAUUCAAAACAUAACUUGUAGCAGCUGACCAAUCAUUAAAGUAGUUGUCGCCUUUCCACUGACCUAAAUAAAUCUGCGCCAUUGGAAAGCUGUGAUUCCCCUCUAAACAAUAGUCAUAAUUGCGACAAUGUUAAAAAUAUUCAACAAAUAUCAUAAUUGACAAAUAACGUGCCGUGCAUAGAUCUCCCCUGAAACAUUAAUAUUUUUUGCCUUAUAUAUAAACAAUGAGUGAAUCAUUUUAUAAAGAUAGCCAAAAAUAUUGAUGUUGUAAUGCAAUAUUUUAUGUCAAGGGUGGCAACCAUCUUCCAGGAUAGCUACUGGGUGUGCAGGCUUUUGUUCUAGCCCUGCUCUAACGACAUUGUAGCCUAAACAUAAUCUGCUCAACACGACCUUGAUAAGCGAACUUGGGUAUUUCAGGGCUGGAUCAAAAGCCAAGCCUGCACACCCAGGAGCUAUCCAGAUGGAGGGUUGACAACAUGUGACUAACAGUGCAGUUCUACUUUGUGGGGGGGUUAAGUGCCUUGCCUUGAUCAAGGGCACAACAGCAGGAGAUGGUAGGCCUACAUGGGAUCAGACGCUGUAGGCUAUAAUAGUCAUGAACAUUUGGUUAAAAGUCAUAAAAUGUGUAUGAACCCUUUAACAUUGAAUAAUCAGAGGUCUCUAUAGCAUAAUGUAAGCUGCGAAUUUCAGUGAACAUAGUCUAGACAGACAGACUUGGAAAAAGACAGCUCUUGCACUACUUUCAUCCUAAAUCAAGCACUGCUUUGGCUACAAACUGAAAUGGUCCACCCACACAGAAAGUGUGGUAAAGAAGGUGCAACAGCGCCUCUUCAACCUCAGGAGGCUGAAGAACUUUGGCUUGUCACCUAAAACCCUCAGACUUCUACAGAUGCACAAUUGAGAGCAUCCUGUCGGGCUGUAUCACCGCCUGGUACGGUAACAUCACCGCCCACAACCGCAGGGCUCUCCAAAGGGUUGUGCGGUCUGCACAACGCAUCACCGGGGGCAAACUACCUGCCCUCCAGAACACCUAGAGCACCCGAUGUCACAGGAAGGCCAAAAAGAUCUUCAAGGACAACAACCACCCGAGCCACUGCUUGUUAAACAGCCAUCACUAACAGAGAGGCUGCUGCCUACGUACAGACUUGAAAUCAUUGGCCACUUUAAUAAAUGUAUCACUAGUCACUUUAAUAAUGUUUACUUAUAUUGCAUUAUUCAUCUCAUAUGUAUAUUUUAUUCCUUCUAUUGCAUCUUGCCUAAGCCGCUCAGGCAUUGCUCAUUCAUAUAUUUAUAUAUUCCUAUUCCAUUCCUUUACUUAGAUUUGCGUAUAUUAGAUAAUUGUUGUGAAAUUGUUAGAUUACUUGUUAUAUAUUGCUGCACUAUCGGAACUAGAGGCACAAGUGAUUCGCUACUCUCGCAUUACAU